AUGACGCCGCUCAAGAAGGAAACGCGGGCGCGAAGUCCCUCCGCAUGGGAGGCCGCGACCGGCAUAACAGGCGUGGGGGAGCACUACAUGGACAUGGACUCGCCCACGACGCCAACGACUCGAUCCAUGCAACUGCGCCUUCGGAAACACCCGUCCACUGCCUCAUCGUCCAUGGCAAACGAGGAGACUCAAGGUCUUAAGACCAUAGUCAAGAAACCCAGUCGACGACCCGAAGAGAGAGCUCGCGCUGCGGCUGGGGUGUUGCUCGCGGGUGUGAUUCAGACGGGAUCUUCGGCCUCAUCGAAUGGCUCCAAGCUCCUGCCUUCCUUCUACUAUUUGGGUGGGCUGGCUUACGCUGCCAUCAUGGUAAUUUACGCCUCAGCGCCUACGGUUGGCGGGGUUGUACAGCAAAUCUGGCAGAUCGACUUGGGCGUGGGCCUCGCACUGCUGUACAAUUUCGCAGUGUUCUUGUGGAUCCCCAUCACGCAGGGAAACCUCGUUUCAGUGCCGGAGAACCUCAACGACACGCUGUAUUUCGUCAGUUUGCACGACUGGGGACUCGUCUUGCCCUUCAUGCUCGUGUUCACGUUCGUGGUCUUCUUACUGCCCAUCCAACACAACGUCAAAAAGUUUGCGGUGAUGUCUAAUGCUUUCUUCAUGUUAAAGUUCAUCGAUCCCAUGAAUCCGAGGGUUGAUGGCACCGGUUUGAAGGAUCUCAACAACAGUGACUACGCCACGUUGGGGCUCAUGAAGAAUCUGGCUGUGUACAGCAUCGUAGGCGUGGUCGGCACGCUCAUCUCGCUCAUGACGGUACUAUUGCCCACUCCGCUCUUUGCCACCAAGAAGGUGAUGCGGCACAUGGCUCACGCACCGAAUGACAUCCGCAAGAUCCUGAACUUGAUCAUGGACUCGUAUUGCUUCCGCGUGAAGGACAUAAAGAAGAUGGAUUUCUUUCGGCUGCGGCUUGACCGACUAUUAGGAGCGGCGCAACACAGAUUGUCCGAGAUGGAGGAACUUCUGGACGACUGCUGGUGGGAGGAGAUCGUGGGCGUGGGCUUGUGUCUCACAUUCAACAAGAACAUCGCCAAGCAAUUCGUGAAGCUUUACGCGCGGCUUCUGAAGGAUCUACGAGCUAUGAAAUUCUCCAUCGAAGCUGAGAACGGCCAUUGGACUCACGUGGUUCUGAUGAAGAGGAUGCAGCAAAGUCUCCAUCUAAUGCAGGCAGAAGCGAAUGAUUUAUUGCGGGAGGUCGCAAACAGAGUGCUGGAAGCCUCGACGGAUAUGCCGGCGCCCAGGUUUGUCCACUUGGAACAAACCGUGGACCAUUUCAUGAAUAAGUACACGAAAUUAUACGGCGCAAUGCUCUCAGCGGAGGUUCAUACGCCUGGUGACGUGGGGAAGACCAUGUCGCUGAACGUGUUCAUCUACUCGUUCCACUCGUUCGUCCACACAUUGUGCGAGUUUGAAGAGCGCUUCAACCACAAGAAUUUCACUUGCCGAUAUCGCAUUUGGAAGUUCUUUCACGUGAUGUGGUGCAGUGUCUACCAAGGAACGAUGUACAUGAGAAAAAUGACGAUAUUCGCCGUCCGUACGACACUAGCCGUGCUGAUCGCGUACUGCGCCUCCACGUUCAUCUUCGCCUUCAGUGCGACUGGGCCCACCGCCAUCGCUAUGGUGGCGCAGUUCCACGUCGGAGGCACCUAUGGGAACAUGAAGAAUCGCAUGGCUGGGCUCGUAGCAGGCACUGUCGUUCCGUCCAUUCUUCACUUCUUCAUCUGCAAGAUCUCAGACGUCGUGUUCUACAAUGCGGUCAACAACGCCGUGCUGUUCGUGUGGAUCGUGGGGUCCAUGUACGUGUGCUAUAGCUCUUCGUACUUGCGUAUGGCGGGAAUGGUAUCCGCGUACAUGGCUGCUUCGGUAUUGCUGGAUCACAGCUGUCGAACAACCACCAAAGCUCUUUCGUACUCAAGCCUGACUGAAAACUCCAUGGCCAUCAUCAUCUUGAUGCUUGUCGAAGCCAGUCUUCAACCAAAGAGUGCUCGCGGUCUGCUUCGCUCCAACAUCCAGCAGCUUCUUGGAGCAUACAGCAAAGUCUUUGGUCGAGUAUUUGCGCAUCACAUCACGAGCACGCGCGCGACUGCACCCAGCGUCAGAGAUCUACCAACAGUGAACGAGACAGCUUCGGUCAAUCCAUCGACAGCCAAGUUGGACGAAGAGGGAACGCGAUCUCUACACAAGGAGAUUUCCGUCACGUUGCCAGCGAUCUUGAAACAACAGAAGAAGCUCGUGCACGAUGCCACGGCCGAGCCCAGCUUGUGGAAAUCCAAGUUCUCCAAUGAGCAGUACACGCAGGUACUAGCUGUGUGCUGGACUUUGCUCGACAGACUUCGACUGCUUUCCGACCUCGUGGAAUGGCAAGAAAGGUCGAGUAAAGACUGCGAUCACGGAGGCUACCGCCUUAAGCGCAGGAAUGCUGGCAGUCUCAACGACGAGUGUACCGCUGCCUUCAAGGAGCAAGAAGAAGAGCGCGCUAACCAACCAGAAACCGUCUACUAUACGGCGAGAGCUCCGGCAACAGACGAUAUUAUUCCAGAAGCACCAUUGCCACCGCUGCCUUCAAACGCAACGCCAGCAGCAGCUAAAGCUCGGUGGGAUCGCAGUCAAAAUGCCUACGAGUCUGUGGUCGUGGAGUCUUUCGAGUCCCUCGCGACGCUCUUCAGCCAGGAUUUCACGUACAAAACAGCCGACGACUACGCCAUUUACUUGCAGAUGAAGGAAGCGUUCCGAAUCGCAGAUAAAGACCGCAGCGGGACUGUGGACACGUCAGAAUUGGACGUGUUGCUUGAAAAAUUGAUGCCGUACACCGGAGACCAGGGGAAUGUCCACAUGGAUCAAUACGUGGAUGAGUUCAUGAGGCUCGUCGACAAGAACCACGACGGGCAGAUCACGUUCGCUGAGUUCAUGCAGGCCCUCAACGACGGCUUUCGGCUUGAGCUUGAGAUCUAUGAGAACACGGCGCAGAUGAUCCCGAGCAACACGGUUCACCAGCUAGGCGAUGCGACUGCCGCAAUUCGGAGACACGAAGCUGCUUGUUCAAUGGCCGUAUCGGACGACAGCUCCGCUGUUGACAUGCUGGAAUCGAGUGCAGCUACUAGCGACGCCGUGUUGACGCUACCUGCUUCGAGCUCAAGGGUGCCUCCCCCUAGAUCGACCGUGUUCUUCACUCCGCCGUCUUCUUCAUCGGGCAUUGGGUCGUACGUGCUUGGCAGUAGUGGCGAUGAACGAGAAAUAGCUCCACCAAGUAUCACUAAGAGUAGUCGGCGGCGCUGGUGGGCUCAGCAUCGUACCGAUAGUGCUGGUGUCGCGCUACUCAACGUCGAGUCCUUCUCCUUGAACGAGGCUGCCGCGACGUUGAAGCAGAGCUAUGGGGAGCUCUUGCUCCGCUCGCUGGACGAUGAAGACCAGUACGUAACGAUGGAAGAUUUCAUCGUCAUGAGCUGCCUCAUCAGCGCGUGUGAAGACAUUGCCGCCAACUUGACUCGACUCAACACACUCGCUGCAUCGUAG